UAUACGCCUUCGCGGUGAUGUAAUGGUUUCACGCCUACGGCCUGCAGUGUGUACAUCCGGGUCUCGGAGCCACUGUUACGCUCCUUACGCACCUUACGCACUUUGCGGAGGUUACGGUUGCGGGCUUUCUCACAGGGACGCUGGGGUAGAGCUCCGAGCUUAGGGCUUUUUUUCCCCCCACCUGAGCACACGCCGGCCUAAAACCUAACCAGGGCACCAGCUAAUGACCUUUCAACGCGUUUUCUUGUCGCCUUAGAGGUCGAAGUGAUGCGAGUGAGGCUCACCCAUAGCGGAGAGCCGGUCUCUUUUUCGAUUUAAAUGCGCUGACGGCGGUUUCUGUCCGUCUCUCUUUCUCGGCGUUUCUCUCCGCCGUCGCUAUACCACAGCCGCUUUACUUAUCCAGCCCGCCGCCUUUGUGUGCUUCUUUUUUCUUUUUUCCCCUCUUUUUUAACGCAUAAAUUCGUUUGAGAUUCGGGUAAGUCAGCAGUACCGCGGCUAGCUGGCUAACGCGGGGCCGCAGUGGGAAGGGAGCGCGGAUGAGCAGGCCGUGGGGACGGAGCCGAGUGACAGGAGGCGCUGAGGCCUGAGGGACCGCGGCUCGGGGCCUGCCGCCGCGGGGCCGUGUGUGUAGGUGUGUGAGAGGGAGAAACAGGGAGGGCGAGGAGAGGGAUGCACACCAGGCUUAACUAGAGCACCAGUCCGAGCCCGAUACCAGUUAUUGGUAGUGAAUAUGUGUACGCGGAGCGGCGCUGAAUUAGCCGGCUAAGCUAGCCUGCUGAGUAACCACGUUCACUCGCUCAGUCAAGAUAGAUGUUAGCCUUUACCUUGUCAUGUCUAUUAAUAACUGUGUAAAUAACGUGAUUAUCCCCUAAUUACGAAAAUCUGUCGUUUGCUUAAUAUUAGGUGCUUGUUGGUCAGUAUAUCUGUCGCAUAUUGCCUAAUGUUUAAUAGUGUCCAAACUUUACGGCUGCCAUUUGGUUGUUUCUGUCACCAGCAAGUAGGUAGUAUCCGGACAGAAGUGAAGGAUGUACUUUCUUGGCUAUCAGCAGUUUGCCGAAUAUUAUCUUUGACUGAUAAAUACUCACUGUUGUAACGCAUCUGCAUUUGUUUGGCAUAUUAACCGCGGGCCUCCCACCCCCUGAUAGCCCCGCAUGACAGCUGUCAUCGCCACAACCGAUCGCUGUCAUUCUCAUCUUUAAUUUGACCUUAUUUCAAUUUUGGUAAGGGAGCCAGCCUGAGAAUGCUUUUCAAUGUUUCUUCACUCCCAGUAGCACCCUUUUCCCAUAUUUAAAAUAUGUAAUCACGUUGUAGAUUGUGGGAUGACUUUGGUGUCGCAUUUCAUGCUUGCGGUUCUCUUGUACCUGGCAAAUGUGUUUUACUUUUCAGUAGUAGUAAGGGGGUGCUGUCUUUUAAAGGUGGAGGUGACAAUGGGGGCAUUCCUGGACAAGCCAAAGAUGGAGAAGCACAACGCUCACGGAGAGGGCAACGGCCUCCGCUAUGGCCUGAGCAGCAUGCAAGGCUGGCGAGUGGAGAUGGAGGACGCCCACACAGCCGUCAUCGGGCUGCCCAACGGCCUGGACCCCUGGUCCUUCUUCGCCGUGUACGACGGGCACGCCGGCUCGCAGGUAGCUCGCUACUGCUGCGAGCACCUGCUGGAGCACAUCACCAGCAACCCCGACUUCCGCGGCGGUGAGCGGGAGCCGUCGGUGGAGAGUGUCAAGAGUGGCAUCCGCACGGGCUUCCUGCAGAUCGACGAGCACAUGCGCGCCAUCUCCGAGAAGAAGCACGGCGCCGACCGUAGCGGCUCCACCGCCGUGGGCGUGCUUCUCUCGCCGCGGCACACCUACUUCAUCAACUGCGGCGACUCUCGGGGCUUGCUGAGUCGUGCCGGCCGGGUCCACUUCUUCACGCAGGACCAUAAGCCCAGCAACCCGCUGGAGAAGGAGCGCAUUCAGAAUGCCGGCGGCUCCGUCAUGAUCCAACGCGUCAACGGCUCCCUUGCCGUUUCACGGGCCCUUGGAGAUUUUGACUACAAGUGCGUUCACGGCAAGGGCCCCACGGAGCAGCUGGUGUCACCAGAGCCCGAAGUUUACGAGAUUGAAAGAUCGGAGGCCGCUGACGAGUUUAUCGUGCUGGCCUGCGACGGCAUCUGGGAUGUCAUGGCCAACGAGGAACUGUGCGACUUUGUCAGAUCGAGGCUGGAGGUGACUGAGGACCUAGAGAGAGUGUGCAAUGAGAUAGUGGACACCUGUCUAUACAAGGGGAGCCGGGACAACAUGAGUGUGGUGCUGAUCUGCUUUCCUGGUGCACCCAAGAUCUCUCCAGAAGCCGUGAGGAAAGAGGCGGAGCUGGAUAAGUACCUGGAAAGCAAAGUGGAAGAGAUCAUUAAGAAACAAGGUGAAGAGGACGUGCCGGACUUGGUGCACGUGAUGCGCACGUUAGCCACAGAGAGCAUCCCCAACCUGCCACCGGGAGGCGAGCUGGCCAGCAAACGGAGUGUCGUUGAAGCCGUAUACAACAGACUGAACCCAUGUCGGAGUGAAGACACUGACUCUGCCUCGGCCGCCGACAUGUGGUAACGUGGCCCCGGCCUCCCCACACCUCCCCUAGCACAGAGCUUACUCACAGCCCCCCCCACCAAGACCGCCUGCGCUCAUGAGCCACUUCGCCGGCCACCUGCCCCCAAGGCUUUCCGUUCAGAGGCGGCGACAAGCGGCGGCUGGGGGGGGGCCACCCCACACAGCCCCCACCAUACAACUACCGUUUGCCCGGGGGGGAGGCGGCACGGCACGGCACUGCCCGCCCCUCCCCUCCUCCUUUUCGCCAUGUCCUUUUAAGCCCACACUGGUAUGCUCUGCCACCAAGCUGAUGCAAGGCUAUUUUGUUGUUGUUGUUGUUGUUUUUAGUUCAUGAAUUUGCAAACUUCUUUGCUGUACUGACAUUCGAGGCUUCUGCUCUGCCACCCCCCCCCCUCCCCCCCGUUGUGCUCGUUUAUGUGAAGUGCAUUUGUCCUUGUGCACAAUGUACUCUCAUCAGGCGUGAACUUGAGUAAAAGCUAAGGAAGACAGCGCGUCGGGGUCCUCCAGCGCCCCCUCACAUCUGCUAGUGCUCCGCUGCUCCCACAGCUUAGUCAGUGGUCCUUUAAGAAACGGGUAAAAUGUCUAAGUUCACAGCAGAGUAAGCUUUAUAAAUUUACAGAAUCAUGACUUGUGACUACGACCUUUGUGGUGGCGUGCUUUGUUCGCGCGCCUCUGUGUGUUACGGUCUGUGUGUCUGUCCGCUGAGGAGUCCCCGGCCUGUCCUGCAUCCGCACGCUGCUCUGCAGUCAGGCUGCUCUGCAGUCAGGCUGCUCUGCAGUCAGGCUCCUCUGCUUCUUCAUACCGCAGCGACACUAACUGUCUUUACAUGCCCCACCCACUUCGGUAUUCAUUAAGAAAGAAAAACCUCCACAAACAUUCUGAUCCAGAUUACGCUCUUUCCGGGGGAGGAGGCACUAAACUCAGGCGCCUGAACUGAACUAGGUGUUUAUAUUCUUCUGUUAAUAGUUUUAUUACUUUUAUGAUCAUAAUUCAGUUCUUCUGAUAGUAGGGGGGGUCUGUCUUUGAAGGAGCAGCCACAGAUUUGCAGUGUGAACUCCCGGUCAAACAAGCCCCCAGUCACAAGCAACACUUUGGCACCCGCCUCCUCCGCCUGUGCUUUCUGAAAACCAGACUGAUGAACAAAUCUGCCAAUCCCGGGAACUCUGCUGUGCAGUAACACCCUGUGCUGGCUCAGGCAGCACAGCCUGCCCUGCUUUGCUGUGCUUUGUUGUCGUUCGGGGUAACAGGUGUUGCUGCUAUGAUGGGGUCCAUUUGUGUUUUUGUUUUUUUUUUCUUUUUUUUUUUUUAAAAAAAACCCAUUCCUUUUUCUAAAGGCAGUUUGCUGACUCAAGCUAUAUUUAACAGUAGUACAUUUUGACAGUUGAAUCACUUUUGUCCUAAAUGCAAUGUGUACAUACGUGACUUGAAUUUUUUUGUUAUUGACCUAAAUAAUUCUUAGAUUAGUAUUACUAGAUGCUGUCGCUGUUAAGGAAAAUGCGAAGGGAAUGAACAUAACACAUGGUUUUCUUGAUCUGGUCUUGAAAAAAAUUACAUUUGACAGCUGACAAUCUAAUACUAACACCCCCCCCCCACCACCCCCAAGCAGUGAAGAUCACUGCGAACUCUUGUGCUCUUUUUAAAUGAGUGUGCUGAUGUUAGUUUUAAUAGACUGCUUUGUAUGUAAUGAGCUGGGCCCAUCGCGCUUGCUGCACUCAUGGUGGCCGAUCUUAUGAAUAAGAGGCCAUCGUUCCGGUGUUUACCCUCCUGCGGCUUUUGGGCUGAGGUCCGUUCUUGGGCUCGAGGUCCAUGUGCCUGACCUUGCCUGUGUAGUACCCAUCAUAGGACGCUUCUGCGCAGUGAGCUCCAUGUCAGCCAAUUGCCAGAAUGGGGAUCUAGUGACCUUUUGCUGGUUUUUUGCCAAAGUGGACGCUGCCAUUCUCCCUCCCUGCGUGCGUCUGGUCCUCCCCUGUCCUCGUGUUUCGUCGACCUCCUCGUCGUGGCCGGGGAGGUGCACAACUCCUCCUCAGACGCUCUCCCUAUGGACCUCUUGUGUUGUAUGUGAGCAGAUGAAAUGGGAAAGCCUCUCCAGUCUAACUCCUCCUCCUCCUCUCUACACGUAAAAGAUUCGUUCACCGGAAGUAUUUUCCCUCUUUUUUAAACUGGAACCCUUUUAUGUCCUUUUGGAAAUCCCACUGAGUUGUAUGUUACACUUUCUGCAGAGGCAUAGGCUGCCUGUGGGUGCAUGUACAGCUGGAAGUUUGCUGUGUUUUUCAUGCUAAAUGGAAAGUGUGCUCUAGUCACUGUUCUGCUUGAUCUCUACACAAUGUUUUCAAUGGGUGUGGUUUAAAUAUCUAAAGUUUCUUCUCAUUUCUGCUGUCAUUCUUAUUUUUAGUGGCCUGGCCUUACAAUAGCUUGACUCAUCUCCCUUAACCCAUCCUACACAGAGCUGAGUGACAGGAAUGAAUUCUAAAACUGACGACAUCAUCAAGUCUGAUUUGGCCCCGUGGAUAAUGGCUUUUUUUUUUUUUGCGCUGCUGAUCUCGCAGCACGGCUAACGACAGUACCUCAUGAGUUCAGUUCCCUCGUCCCCCUCUGUGUGUUUGGCCGGCCGGCCAGCGGCUGUGGGGAGCACGCUGCCCCCUAGCUGCUGCCUGGGGAGACGUGCUGAGCAGUGCUCGCUGCGCCCUGUGCUGUUCAUCGCCAGUCCCGCACACGUCACCUUCAUGUGAAUACAGUGCUGUCCAUUUUAGAGCAUUUCUUUUGGUUGCUGAGUGCUUGUUUUAUAUUGUUACUCCUCAAAUUGGACGAGGUCCCUUUUUUGCUUCUUUAGACAACCAAUUAAAAUGGGAAAUUAUUAGGAAAUGCAAAAAUAAUAUAUUCAAAACAAUUACUUGAGUUAACUUAUUAGGAAGCUGAACCACUAUUGAAUAAUAAAAAUUUGUCUAUUUGCACUGAUAUGGAUAUUAUGGGGGUUUUGUGAUGAAUGGGUGGGGGUGAAAUUUUUAAUUGGUUUUGCUUAUUGGCGUUAAUGACGGGGUCCCAGUACAAGUAGCCAGUUUAAAAUUAUACAGGCAACAGUCAUCUACAGUUUUUGGAGUUCUGUCUGGUGACCUUCAGUCUAUCUGGCUUUUGUAUAAAUUUCCUCCAGUGAAGCUGUAGAUUCCCCUCCCCCUAACCUCACUGAUAAGCUCACCAUUUUGCCUUACUAAAUUAACUCUAUCCUAGCACCUGCAAGACUAGUUUCUUAUCUGAGAAGUAACUCAACUUGCUCUGUGGUAUUCUGGUCAAGGGAAAAAAGAAAACGUGUCUAUUGCUGGGUAUGUGUUUGAAAAGUUUACCUUUAAAUGGUUUGACGGAGCACCCUCUCAAUGCCUGGGACGCAUGUGGCUGACGAUCCUUUUAAAGACGUGAUACAUUAGUAAUUGGAGUCGUGUUUAACAUUCGGAACAAACACCUGAGCAUGUAUUUCUGUGUGUGUGCAGAUCUGCCUCUGCAUUCACCUGCAGGGAUACUUUCUUGUAUUUAGAUUGUAAUUCUAUAGUAAAUUGUCUGCUACUUAGAAGUCUCCUGUGAUUGACUUUACACAAAGGCUCAAUUAUUGAAUUAUUGUAUAUUUUGUAUAAUGUACUUAUUCCAAAGGAGAGAGAUUGUGAAAAGCUUUCUUUCCUAACUUUACAACUGUACUAUUCGUUUGGAGUCGGUUGAACAAAUUGCAUUCCUUGCUUGUGGAUUGUUGCUUAUUUUCUUUUUUUUGUUUGUUUUUUUUUUGUUUUUUGUUUUUUUUUUGCUGAUAAGUUUGAGAAUAAAUUUCUAGUUUGCAAAAUGUGCCACUAAAUAAAUGGAUUACUACC